AUAUAAAGUGCACACAGCCAGCAGAGCUCACAGCUUCAGUGGACAGCUCCGUGGUGCUGAAACUUCACUGACACACACUCACACACACACACUAGAGCCGCGAUACAUGACGGGAACCAUGGACGGAUCCUCUUGGAAACUUUUUCUACUUUCUUGCCUGGUUGUUGCGGAGAGCUCCGCGCAAGACUUCGGACAGACCCAGUUUAUUUGCACGUCGGUGCCCAAGGAUAUGGACCUGUGCACGGCCACAAUGCAGAACAGCGGGCCGGCGGAGGACCUGAAGACCACGGUCAUGCAGCUGCGGGAGACCGUGCUGCAGCAAAAGGAGACCAUAAUGAACCAAAAGGAGACAAUUAGGGAACUAACGUCCAAGUUGAGCCGCUGCGAGAGCCAGAGCCUCCCGGCGGCGGGACCCGGCGGGAGACGGCCGGGGUCGAAGAACACGAUGGGGGAUGUAUCCCGGGGCACCACGGACACCCUGGCGCAGCUGGGACAGACUUUACAGACGCUGAAACAGAGACUGGAGAAUCUAGAGCAAUACAGCCGAGGGAACAACACCGUGCAGGCGAACAGCCUGAAAGAUCUGCUGCAAAACAAGAUAGACGAUAUGGAGAAGCAGGUUCUGUCCCGGGUCAACACGUUAGAGGAGACCAAACCGGUCUCCAGGAAUGAGACCGAGCAGCGGAACAGAGUGGAGUCCACGCUCACCUCUCUGCACCAUCGGAUCACAGACCUGGAGAAAGGUAAAGACACCAGGCCGACAGAUAAAUUUCAGCUCACCUUCCCCCUGAGAACCAACUACAUGUACGCCAAAGCCAAGAGGAGCCUCCCUGAGAUGUACUCAUUCAGCGUGUGUCUGUGGAUCAAGUCCAACGCCUCCCCUGGGGUGGGGACACCUUUCUCCUAUGCUGUCCCGGGUCAGGCCAACGAGCUGGUGCUGAUCGAGUGGGGGAACAACCCCAUGGAGAUUCUCAUCAAUGACAAGGUUGCAAAGCUGCCGUUCCUCAUCAAUGACGGGAAAUGGCAUCACCUCUGCAUCACGUGGACCACCCGUGACGGGAUGUGGGAAGCCUUUCAGGACGGAGUGAUGCGGGGCAAUGGAGAGAAUCUGGCUCCGUACCACCCCAUUAAGCCAGAGGGAGUGCUGGUCCUGGGACAAGAGCAGGACACGUUGGGAGGAGGCUUUGAUGCAACACAAGCUUACGUUGGUGAGCUGGCAAACUUGAAUAUCUGGAAUAGGAAACUUUCUAUCGCCGAGAUCUACAACUUGGCGACCUGCAACAGCAAAGCGCCUGCAGGCAAUGUCUUCUCCUGGACGGAGAGCAACAUCGAAAUUUUUGGUGGAGCGACCAAAUGGACCUUCGAGCCUUGCCGUUCGCUCAACUGAACUGAGUUUCACUGUUCAAGAAAGGCCUCUCUGUAUUUCUGAGCUUUUGUCGUUCUUGUCUUCAUUUGACCUUUGUUAGAGACUAUUUGAGUUAUUGGUAAGCUUAGAUCUGGGAUUUCUAUCAUUCUUAGGUAUUUAUGUGCAAAACAACACUUUUCAUCUUGAGGAAAAAAAAUCGUCUCGGAAACCUCAGUGAGAAAGUAUUGGUAUCCUGUUUUUUUUUUUCUCUCGGACGUUCAGUUGAAAGCACACCUAAGCUUUUCAUUUGGCUUACUUCCGUCUUGGACUGGCAGCUGGCAAUCUGCGCCUUAUGUUUGGACAAUUCACAAUCCAAGUGAGGAAUUACAUAACCACUCCCACCCCCCUUUCCAUCCGGAGAGUGGGAGAUUACGCUGUCUAUCCAAUUCUUGUCAGUGUUUGGCGCUGUGAAGUGAUGUCUGACGCGGUACAGCUCCCCGCAAACCCCCCCAUCCCACACGGUCCCACCAACCCCCUCCCCCCUCCUCCUUCACUCUGGCCCGCCCCUCCGGAACUUGCACUGUGACUGACGAAGAGAUCGCCAGGAGAGGAGGGUACGUUGAAGGACACUGCAAAGUCAGACUGUGGUACAAGUCAAUUUGUUAUCGUCGUUCGCUUCAAGUGUUUCUGUAAGAAUGUCGUUAACUUGCCAACAUUGCUACAAAGCCUAGGUGCCUUGGGCUGGUACAAAUAUUCAGCACAUUCAGUAUGUUAUAAGUUGCAAUUUCAAUGUUUAUUGGUUUUCUGUUUUCUUUUCUGAGCUGGGUUGAGUUUCUUGUUCUUCUGGUAAAUGUAAUUUAAUUACAGUUUGUUAUCUGACAUGAUGUGUUUUGGCAGGUGUUUGUACUACUCUGUAUUAGGAAUGUUACAGUAUUUGUAUAGUAACAGCAUGAAUGACAGAGUGCUGUGGAAGCAUUGUUGAAAUCUGCUUUACUAUCUUCUCUGGGUCUGGGUUUUUUACUGUAUUGUUAUAUGCUCCAAGCAUGGCAAAACUGAGAGAUGAAGAAUUUAAUUUUUGUAAUAAAAUUGUGAUACUUAAUGUCA